ACCUUACAUCCAACCUCUCCCCUCCCCUCCCCUCCCCUCCCCUCUCGGAGAGGUGGGGAAGAGGAGAGGAGAGAGUGCGUGAAGGUAUCUACCUGUCAGAAUUCUAUUAGCGUCGUCUCUCUCCUCCUCUCUCCCCCUUUCUAUUUUUGUAUUGGAUAAAUAGGUGAGGGAGGAAGGGGGGGAGAUGUUGAAAGAUAGCAUCCGUCCUCACCAAAGAGAGGUGAGGAGCAGCUCCAUUUCGGCUUCUUGUCGUCGGGUAGAAGAAGGUAUAGUGGUGGAUCAUGGGGAGGGGGAAGAUCGUGAUCCGCAGGAUCGACAACACCACCAGCCGGCAGGUGACCUUCUCGAAGCGGCGGAACGGGCUGCUGAAGAAGGCCAAGGAGCUCGCCAUCCUUUGUGACGCUGAGGUCGGCCUGGUCAUCUUCUCCAGCACCGGCCGCCUGUACGAGUUCUCCAGCUCCAGCAUGAAGUCUGUCAUAGAACGAUAUACCAAAGCUAAAGAGGAGCAACAGCAAAUUGUUUCUGCAACUUCGGAACUUAAGUUCUGGCAAAGGGAGGCAGCGAGCUUGAGGCAGCAACUGCAUAACUUGCAAGAAAAUCAUAGGCAGUUGAUGGGAGAAGAGCUUUCUGGCCUAAAUGUCAAAGAUCUACAGAAUCUAGAGAACCAACUAGAAAUGAGCCUGCGUAAUGUCAGAAUGAAGAAGGACCAACUUUUAAUAGAAGAAAUUCAAGAACUGGAUCAAAAGGGAAGGUUUAUACACCAAGAGAAUAUGGAACUGCACAAGAAGGUAAACCUUGUUCGUCAAGAAAACAUGGAAUUGCACAAGAAGGUUUAUGAAACAAGGGGAACAACUGGUAGUGAUGGAGGUUCAAUUAUUCCAUAUGGUUUUAGUUUUACGGAUGAAGCACAUGUGCCCAUUCAUCUAGAGUUAAGCCAGCCACAACAGCAAGCAGAUGGAACCCAGACCCAACCUCCAAAUCUAGGACUUCAACUUCAGCUGACACGUGGAGAGUGACUCUUCAUGAUCUUCCAUCUAUUAUCUCACUGCUACAGUAUCCCAAGGCUAGGAAUCUUUAAUUACGUAAAAGUGCAGCAGUGACUC